AUGACCUUGAGAAGCGGCAAAAAAGUUGAAGGGUCCCAACUAGUAGUCCCUAAAGGUAAGAGCGAUGAGCAAAUAGAAAAGGAGUUUGAGGAAGAAGGAGGGGGAAAUUCAAAUCCCAAAAUAAUCUCCGACUCUCUUGUGAAUCAUAAAUCUAAUACUCCACCUUUUCCUAACAAGUUGGGAAAGCCAAGGAAACUAGAGAAGGAGAAAGAGAUUCUGGAGAUGUUCAGAAAAGUGGAGAUAAACAUCCCCAUGUUGAACGCAAUCGAACAAGUACCAAAGUAUGUAAGGUUUCUGAAAGAUUUGUGCACUAAUAAGAGGAGACUAAAGGGUGAUGAAAGAGUAGUGAUGGGAGAAAACGUAUCAGUUAUACUCCAAAGGAAGUUCCCACCCAAGUGUAGGGAUCCAGGUAUGUUCAUGAUCCCAUUUAAGAUGGGAAAUACUACAAUUAAGAAAGCAAUGCUAGAUUUGGGAGCAUCUAUAAAUGUAAUAUCUAAAACUAUUUAUGCUUUCUUAAAUUUUGGGCCAUUAAAAGAAACUAGAAUCAUAAUUCAAUUAGCAGACCGUACUUAUGCUUAUCUGGAUGGGCUAGUUGAAGAUGUCUUAGUGCAGGUAAAUAAACUAGUAUUUCCAAUUGAUUUCUAUGUUCUAGAUAUGCGAGAUGAAAAGUCUGUGAAUCCGUCACCUAUCCUAUUAGGUAGACAUUUCUUGAAUACUACUAGGACUAAAAUUGAUGUAAAUAAGGGUACUUUGUCAAUGAAAUUUGAUAGGAAGACUGUACAUUUUAAUAUUUUUGAUGCCAUGGGGUACCCUAAAGAGUCUAACUCGAUUUUUGCUUUGAGUGUCAUUGACCCACUUGUGAAGGGAGUUUUUGAAUUUGAUGGUAAGAAUGAACAAGAGAUAACUUUGACUAAGCAUCUUGAGUUAGGAGCAACUCUUGAUGUAGAACUAAGUGAUGAACUACGACAUAUGGUUGAAGCAUUACACUCACUUCCAUCUAUUUCUCUAAGAUAUGAGCUUGCUACCCUUUUUACACUAGAAACUCAUCAAAAGUUGUUGUCUUCUAUUGUACAGGCACCAAAGUUGAAGAUCGAACCUCUCCCAAGCCAUUUGAAGUAUGUGUUUUUAGGAGACAAGGAGACGCUACUAGUCAUUAUCUUUGCACACUUGUCACCUAGUCAAGAGGACAAACUGGUUCGACUUAUUCAAGAUUAUAAGAAAGCGAUUGGAUGGACCAUUGCAAAUAUCAAAGGAAUCAGCCCCUCCUUAUGCAUGCACAGGAUUAGGUUAGAAGAGGAUGCAAAACUAGUGAGACAAGCUUAG